AGAAUACAUAAUUAAAAAGGGAUUGUUAAUUGUAUGUAUUACAACGUUUUUAUAGCUAUUUAAUACAUAGUCUUAUUCUAUUUUUGAUAUUGCUAUAUAUUAAUUAAGAAAUACUGUAUAUAAUAAUAAAUAAUUAAUUAUAUUUUCUUAACUUAUUGGGUUACAAUGUUCCCGUGAAUUCUCCCCCUUAGGAAACAUUUUAUUUUUACGGCGCAAAUCUUCUUAUCUCAGUUUCCAGUCCAACAGAGACAUAAUAUAAAGCUACCUUGCUAGAUACUGUGUCAAUAUACUCGUAACAUUACUGGUAUAAUAUUUUAUAUAUAUACAUACUGUAUAUGUAUUAAAUAUAAUUAUUUAUACUAUGAAAUAUUCUUUUUCAUACGUAUUAGGUAAUAGCUGUAAUAAAACUUUUUGAUAUUUUACUAACAUAGUUUAAUUAUAAUACGAAGAGUGUGCAAUCUAUUUGAAUAACAUUUAACUACAGCAAAUAUACUAAUAUAACUGUUGUAUCAUUAUAACAAUACAAAAUUGGUUAACGGGAAUUAUUCGCGAUUGUUUAGAGUUCAUUAGGCGGUCAUCUUCAGGCUGCGAUAUCGGAUGUAACAAAGUAGUAAAUCGAAAACGGAAAACUCAUUAAAUUCACUUAAACCAAUGUUAUAUCUAUCUAUAUAAAGAAAAAAUAGCAUUAGUUUUAAAAAUAAUUUCAAUUAACGUUAAAGUUACAUCGCUCCAUCUGUACGGGUAGAAUUUAGAUCUGUGACAUUUUAUACUAAGACAUAAAAUUCAACGAAAAUGGGAGUUGAUGGUUUCGCGCGGGUGAAACCGUGGUUACCUGCUAGUUAUAAAUAAAAAUGUAAGUAUGCUGAUUCCCGUAGCUGGAAAACUCCAAACAUUACACGGGGAGUGGGGAUGAGCGUCGGCGGGGUGGGUGCCGCGUGGGACGGGUAGAUGUAAACACAAAGGUUCUGCAUAGCCGGCAGUCACGUGGCGCGCCCGCCGGGGGCGCAUCACUCUUAAGGGCGGUUUCGCAAGCAAAUAAGCGAAAAUAGUUCACAAAACAUUAGGAACCAUAUCACCAUCAUCACAUUUGAAGUUUGAUAGUGAUUUAAACUGUAAUAAUAGUGAAAUUAAUGACGACAAUACAAAAUAUCGAUGAAAUAAAACUUUUCAAAAGUUGUAAAAAAUUAUCUUUUGACAACCCUAAACCUUAAGAGUGAUGCCCUCCGGUUCAGUAUGUGUACCUAAAGGACCAACGACAUGUCAUUCAAACAUAUGAUAUCGUAUUGAAUUAGAGUAAUUGUAUAAAAUACAACAACCACUCUAAAGAAUAUCAAUACAAAACAUAUCAAAAAACAUUAUCACUAUAUUGUUUAAUAACCUUCUAAAGUAAAUUUAUAUUAUUAUUAAUCUACAAUAACAUAUCUAAUUGUAAUAAGUAUCUUCAUAAGUCAGUGUUUUAUCGGAGGGUUUGGGAUUGGUUGGCUUUCGUCUACAUCCGUAGCUGUGGCGGCCAAUGGCGUAGGGGGCUACGCGCAGCCGUCGCGCUACGCAAGAGACGCGCGGGGUGCUACGCCAGCGACAGACGCUACGAAGAACCUGCUACGCCUGGGAUCUAGAAAAAUGUGUUAGUAACGUGUAAGUGAAUGACGGAAGCCGGGCAUCAGCAAUGCAAGGGCUGCAAGCCGCGAAGGACAAGGCCUCCGGCCUGUUCGCCACCAAACCCCUUCUGUUCAAAAACGCCCAGUAUGAAAACUUUCAUGUGGACCAGAAGGGAUACGAUCAGAUGUACGAUGGCGAAGAUCUGGAAACUCCACCAUCUCCCGAUCGACCUCCUCCGCGACCUAUAGAUAAAUAUGUCCGCGCCGAGUGCCCCUGCCUUACAGCGCGGUACACUGUUGCUCUGCUCGCAUGUUUCGGUUUCAGUAUAAUGUUUGGUAUGAGAUGCAACAUGAGUAUGGCAAAGCUCAAGAUGACCGAGAAACAUAAUACUUCGUCUGGUGUCAAAGAAGAUACACCUUUCGAAUGGAAUGUAGAAGUAGAAUCGUCAAUAGACUCGUCAUAUUUCAUUGGAUACCUCAUCACUCAAGUACCCGGGGGCUUUCUUGCAUCUAUGUAUCCAGCAAACAAGAUUUUCGGUGCCGCUAUUGCCAUGUCGGCUCUUUUCAAUAUGGCGAUACCUGGCGCCAUGUCUAUAGGACCCGCUGCUGUUGUAUUAAUAAAAGUUGCCCAGGGAUUUGUUGAGGGUGUCACAUAUCCAUCGUGUCAUGGUAUCUGGAGAAUGUGGGCACCACCACUGGAGCGGUCUAGGCUAGCUACCCUGGCCUUCUGCGGUACUUAUGCUGGAAUUGUCAUUGGCAUGCCUCUCUCGGGUUUACUUACCGAUUACAUUGCUUGGCAAGCCCCAUUUUACUUUUAUGGAGUAUCUGGUGUAAUUUGGUAUGUAAUGUGGCUAUGGCUUGUAUUCGAGCGCCCAAGCAAACACCCCCAUAUUUCUGGAAAGGAACUGACUUACAUUGAGCAGUCAUUGGGAACUGCUACGCAAGCCGCCAUGCCUGGAUUUUGGGCUACACCAUGGAAAGCGUUUGCCACAUCGCCACCAGUAUAUGCAAUUAUUGUAGCAAACUUCUGUAGGACAUGGAACUUUUGCUUGCUAGUUAUUUUUCAAUCCGCAUAUUUCAACACAAGGUUCAAUAUGCAAAUUACUGAGUCUGGAUUCGUAGGGGCGAUACCUCAUUUGAUAAUGACGUCGUUAGUGCCCAUUGGCGGUAUGCUAGCAGAUUACCUUCGCAAAAACAACAUCAUGACAACUACGAAUGUAAGAAAACUCUUCAAUUGUGGCGGAUUUGGUCUCGAAGCUUUCUUCUUUGUUCUUGUGGCUUACGCCAAUAACAAGUAUGUGGCAACCAUAGAAUUGACGAUGGGAGUGGCAUGCAGUGGUUUUGCCAUAUCUGGGUACAAUGUAAACCACUUGGAUAUCGCGCCUCGAUAUGCUUCUAUCUUGAUGGGUCUAUCCAAUGGCAUCGGAACCAUCGCUGGCUUUCUCGUACCGAUUGUUAUAGACUAUAUGACUCAAGAAAGGUACAAGCUAGAGAAAGCGAUUACUGAGUGGCGUGACGUAUUCCUCAUGGGGGCGACGGUGCAUUUUAUCGGCAUUACUAUUUAUGGUAUUUUUGCAUCUGGUGAGCUGCAGCCUUGGGCAGAACCCACUCCGCCCUAUGAUCCACCCGUCAAGUCAUUGGAUCAUGAAACUACGUUUACGGAACCUCUAAAAGGAAGUGAACCUCCCGCAUACGGCGCUAUUGCACCCCCACGCCCACCGGCGCCCCAGCAACAUGUCCCGAAUAAUCCUUUCGUUUCUGGAGCCUUCUACCAAACUGAGCCUGUCCAGCCACCGGCGGAGCCUUAUCAAGACCUCACUGAUGACGGUACAUACUAGACCCGUCUUGAAUCCUGCGUAAGUAUCAGUCAUUCAUACGAAAGUCUCUGACUUUUAUAGAUAGGUAGAAAAUUAUUAUUGUUCUUCUAAUGAUUUAAUAGCUUGUAAAAAUAUCAAUAAAAUAAUUUAAUGUAAUAUUAGCUUGAUAUCAUAUUUGUUUACCUGUUUUCAAAAUAAUAAAAGUUUAAAUAUAAUUUGUAAAAUUUAAAAUGUUUAUACAUUGAUGAAAAACAUGGUGCGUGAGGAUUGAAGGCUAUAUCGUUGAAUAUACAUAUUCUUUUUAUUUGUGUAUCUGGUAUGUGUAUUGAUACUUCUGUAAUAUUUGUAGUGAUGAGUUGUAAUAAUAAAAUUCAAUACGAUUGGCCUUUGAGCGACUAAGACACCUAAUAUUCCUUAAAAUUGUUUAUUUUAUUAAGUAAAUAUUAUAUAAAGUGUUUAAGAGAAAGCCUUCUUACCCACCAAUCGCAAGAUAGGAAAAAUUUUAAUUUCCUUUAGCUUUUAAAUGUUUCAUAUUAAUCUAUUCUAAGUAUUUGUUAUUAAUGUUAUUAAUUUUUAUUAUUUCACUUGUACAUGUGUAUAUAAAUUACAUUGGCAUAUCAUCUGUAUUAUGAAUGCUUUAUAGUCCGUUAAUAAUGUCUUUUAAAUAUACGUAAUAACUCAAUUUACGCUGGAAACCUUCAUUAUUAUUUCUAUAUUGUUAGUUAAAUACCACAAUUAUAAUAAAUUGUUAGUUUUAAUUUCUUUGAAACUUGUUCUAAAAUGUUUAUAUAAUAUUUAAGACAUUAUAACUGUUUAAAAUUCAGUACCUACUGUAUUCAAUCACUUGUACCUACUUAUAUUGAAAUAGAAGUAGGAAAUUAAUGAACAUGUUAAUUACUAAGGGAAGUAAUGUAAUCAUUAAAAAUAUUUCAAUUUAAUGCUGUACCUAAGCAUAUAUGACACAACAAGUCUUCUAGUCAUUUGAUGUUAGUAUUAUGAGUAUAGUCAACGGAAAGUUUUUAGAUAUUUUUAUGUGUUAAUCAAGUAAUGAUUUUUCAGAAAUUAGGACUAAUUUAAAUUAUUAAAACUCACAUUUCCCUUUUGUCCCAAGAUUUAUAAAUAAUAUAUAAUUAAAGAUUUAAUGUAAAAGUAAAAUUAAAUACUUCUAUAGCUUGUCAGUAGUAGUAGUUAUUUACAUCUAUUUAGGUUCAAAACCAUUUAUGUAAUCUACAGAUGUUGUUGGUGAAAUAUAUAUAUAUAUAUAUAUAUAUAUAUAUACAUUAUAUUAUAUAUACAUGAUACAACUGAUAUCGCUUACUAAGCGUAUAUAAAAUUUUGGAUUAUUAGAAUAUGGCUACUGCUUCUAACUAUUUUUUAUGGCUUUAACAUUAAACUUAAUUUACUACAAGUAUCUAGAGCAAAAAUCGUUUGUUCAACAUUUAUUUUUCUAUUUGUUUACAAUAACUGUAUUAUGGACAGACCAAAGAAAUCUCUAAUUGACCAAAUAAAAUAAUGUUAAUUAAAAAAGAUUACAGGAUAACUAACAACUGAAACGAAUAAAAUUGACUUUAAUCCCUCAGGUGAUUUGAUCUAAAAGUGAUUAGCAUGAACAAUUAAUCCAAUUUUAUAAUAAAAUUUUUUCAUUUUCACAUUUCUCCAGUGGUCAUGAGAUAUUGAAAAUAAUCUUUUACAUUUAGGACGAACACUGCUCGUCACAUAGUACUUGUGAUAAUAAAGUAAAAUUGUUGCUGUAAAUAUAUAGAAUUCGUAUUGUCGUCUAAAUAACCAUUAGCCAAAAUUAUUGUUUAAGUAAAUAUGUAAUAAUGUUGUCGUUUGAAAUAAAAUACUGUCUGUUAAACUUCUUUUUAAUUGCAUCUAUGCAAUUUACCUAUUUGCAUUAUACGUGUUAGUGUACAGCACGUAAAAUAGUUUAAGAUUUGCUUGUAAAUAAAUAAAAAAGUUAUUUUAAUCACUACUCUGGGUUACAUGACAAUAAUGUCACUGCAUAUAGCACUAAUAUCAUCCAUCAGCACUUUAUCUUUUUAUUUAUUGACAGUAGGAAGGGGAUAUCGACAAUAAAUUGUUAUUAAAUUAGUUUCUUAAUACUUAGUUUAACUGGCCUAAUACUGCCGGAAUACUUCUACAAAUUUAUAAUAUUAAAUUCUCACAACCAGAAUUGAUAAAAUUAGGCAAUAAAAAUGAAUAAACCAAAAAUAUAAAAUAUUAGUAGUGUAAUACUGUUAUUUUACAGACAAAUAAUAUUAUAAAUUCAAAAAAGAUUUCCGGCUGUAUAUGGUCAGCUUUAUAGCGAGUGAUCUAACUAAUAAGGUGAAUGGUUCAAAUACAAAAUGUAUAAAAAUUGACAAUAAAGAUCGACUGCAAGGAUUUGAGACCAAUAAUUUCACUUGUUAAGAACGCACAUAGGUUAUGUUAUAUAUUUAUUAUAAAAGAUUUUUUAAAUGUUAUUUUAUUUAAGAAAUGAGAUGAAGUAAUUAAGAGACAACAAGAUUAUAUUAAUAAAAAGAAUUUCAUCAACACUGAUAACAUUACGUCGGACCCAGGUAUGGUAGGUAUUGAGUGGAAACUCAUUUUAAAGUUUUCAAAAAAAUAAUAAAUAACAAUUAACUAUGCAUAUUAAAGUGUGAAAAUUUAACUAAAUAUAAUAGAAUAAACUUUCUGAAUAUAUUUUAAAUAUUUUAUUGAACUAGGUAUGAUCUUGCGGAAGUCCAUAUCACUGGUUAAAAUUAUUUUGUUUAAUUCCUCUACCAUUUGAAGUUGUGUGACUGCCAAAACUCGAAGACUGACCACCACUAUUACACUAACAGAAGUUCCCUAACUUUCCAUAUUAGCCAAUCUCUAACUGCCAUUUUGUUCACGCAUGUUUUAUAUUUCACCUCUAAACGAGGUAUUUUUAGGCAAGUUAUUAGAUCGCUGCUCAGAAUCUAGUGUUAACUGAUUGGCAUCUAAACUGGGAAUGACUAAUUUUCGAUUAUAUUUAUAUCUAUUAAGUAAGGAAGCAGGAUGACUGGCGAUGUCUUGCAAUGAGUCCUUGUGACAAUUCGAUACUAGUCAUCGUAUUUAUCGAGGAGAAAAUGGGUAGUUUUUUGAGAUCUUAUGAUGUCUCUUUGCGAUGACUGGGUUUCGAGGAUAAUUUUAAAAUAGAUGAAUUGCUUACUACUAUUUCUUAGUUCGUUUAUGGUAUAUUGGACUAAAACGUGCGUGAUUAAAAUUGCAGUUGGAAUUUAAUGUUUAAUAUGGAAGGUCGUAGAAUUUCUGGUAGUAAUAAUAGUGGUCAAUCUUUCGCCGUUAACUUGGUUGUUUUCACACAUGUUAAUGGAAAUAAACAAAUUCUAAUCAAAUAACCAGUAAUAUGUAUUUUAGUUACAGAAUACCUACUUUCAAACUUAUUACAAAUAAUGCUAUGAUAAGAAAUACUAUUAUUUAUUAUAUACUUGUACUACUCGUGUGAAAAAAGUAUUGAAACAAUAAAUAUAAAAAAAUAUUGAAUCCAUUGGAUCAUCAAAUUGGAAAUUUAGUUCAUACAAUCGAUCGUUGUAAAUAUAAAAAAUUCUAUUGCCACCUUUCAAAUUAGCCGGCUACUGUGCAAUUAUAGCUCUGUAGCAGUCUUAUACAAUAAGGCUUCGAGAUGUUUUUUCUGUCAGUAAAUAAAUACAGCGAUAUUAUGUCGUGAAUAUGUACUUGAAGUGAUAAUAUUUAUAGGAUAUAAGUAAAUAUUAUAUAUCCGUUAUUUUAAUGAUUGCCUAGUAUAAAAAAAAAAUGUUGGACAUGGGUGAAAAUUAUCAUUGCCAUUUAUAUAUGUGAUUUCAUAAACUUUUAUUCAAUUAAAUAUUAUUUAUUUAAGUUGAACUUCUUUAGAUUUUAUCGGUCAAUAACACAGGUAAGCUAUAAUUAUACUCAUUUUACGUUACUUUGCUACAUUUAAAUAUAAAAUUACGAUGUUUGCUCUUGCGUAAUAUCUUACCCACAAAGUAAUUACAAUUUGUUGUAUUUUAUGUGAUCUUCAUUGAAAUAUAUUGUUGUUUAAUAGAAAAAACUUACAUACAUAAUCUGACAGAGACAGACUAAUCAUAAUUCCAGAUCUGAAAAUCAUACUAUUCUGCGUUUUAUAAGUUGCAUUACGCUAUUCUCGAAUGUAAAUAGUUGAGACAGUGGGUACACGAGCAUGAGGGCGCAGCGCAGAAACGAUAUAUGUAUUAAGCGCCUUACUAUGAAUAAAAAACUAGAAUCAGCUGACUUCGUUAAUUUGCGAGUAGUAGACUAAUUCUGUUUUUUUUUUUUUAGCUGUAAUAUAAAGGUAAUUUUGUUUUGUUUAACCUGAAGAUAAAUAUAAAAAGAAGGCGGCAAAAACUAGCAGCUAUGUAUGUGGCGUGAUCUUUUGCGAAAUAUGGAAUUGAGAUCGGUAAUGCUAUCUCGAAGUUUUUAAGUUUAAAAGCUUAUUAGACAAUGUGAUUGAAAAAAUAUAUGGUAUAUAUAGUUAUAUACAUUAUUAUUUAUAUCAAAUCAAAGACAAUGCAAUGGUUUAUCAUAAACUAGUAAGUUUUAAAACACAACAUUACAUAGUUUACAACACAAUUAUUAUUUAAUAUAAUCUUACUCCAAAAUAAUUUGUAAUAAAUAAACUAUAUUUUUUAUGUAGGCACUUGUUAGAAGACAAAGUUUAGAAUUUUUAUAUAUAGUAUUUUGGUGAUGUUGUAUAUGAACUGGACUUUUUUUAAUUGGUAGGUAUAUAAAUUUAAUAGUAAUAGUGUAAAAUUUUUAAAUCGUUGUUUUUUAAGAAUCUCUACGCCGUCAAUUCAGUGCUGUAAAAUACUUUGAAGAAAUAAUAUUACUUGAAUGUGUAGUAAUAUGUGUCUCUAUCUAUAAAUUAAACUUUUUUUUAGAAAUAACAAACAAAAUAUCAUUUUUAGAAUAAAGGGCUUAAAUUUUAAUUAUAUAAAUAAUUUUAUUAUUUAUACUUAUUAAAAUAAGUCUUAAUAAAAAGCAGACGCAUCAAGUAAUGUCAAAAUUAAAACUGAAUUUGAUUAAUAAGAUGAAAAAAAUUGCUAUUUAUUAUAUUCUUUAAUUGUUAUUUUAAAAUAUCAAAUUAAGGUUAUUGUUUGUUAUAUUUAAAGCUACUAUUUAUUAAAUAUUUUACACUUAUAUCUAUUUAAACUGCAAUCAUACAUUUUCAAAAAGGUCGGGAAAAGUGCAUUUAAUUGGUAUAAAUAUUAUCAUAUUCAUGAUAAUAUUACGGAUAAUAUAUACAAUAAAUUUAUUUUAGUGAUAAUUUUCACUAUGUCCAAAUACAUGGCGAAAGGGUCUCCCAAUCCACUUGUUAAUGUACACCAUCGUUUUUAAUAGGUAGUCAUUAAAUAUGUGUACUUGUAAGUUAUCAUAAUAAAUAAUAUAUUUAAAAAAUGUGAUGGUACCAUUUUUUUAUAUAAAAUAAUAGUCAUACUUCCGAAAUUCAUAUAUCUCAAAAACUAUUUAAAUAACUGUUUAUAUGUGCCAUUAUGUUAGCAAGAUGAAAAAAAUAUUAGUUACGAUGUUUAAAUCCUUAAAAAGCAAAAUGCCAGCAAGGAUUUUGCUAGAUAUUAAUACGAUUAUAACAAAUUCAAAUUUCAAUCAUCAGAUAUCCAAUAGUUGUAGAUAUAUAUUUUAUCUACUUGAAUCAAUCUAAAAUAGUUGUUCAUAUAUAUUGAACAUUUAUUAAAAAUGGCAAAACUUACGGAUAUUAUUCAACUAACAAUUAAAAAAAUAAGUUAACACUAUCAUAAUAUAAUAUCCUGUAGAUUUUGCAACUUAUAACAAUAAAAUCACGAAAGCUCAUAUGUAGUAAUAAUAAUUUAAUGUAUUUUUAAUAGUUUGAUUCCAAAUCUACUCGAAAUAUUUUAUUAUUAUUGCCACAAAAUGCGUUAACAUAAAAAAUAUUGAUAUUUUCCACUUAAAUGAAUAAUUCGGAGGUAUGAAAAAUUCUUAGUAGUUUCUAAAACUAUUACAAUUAUAAUUAGUUAUUUGUUUCUGCUAAAUCAUCUAAUUAUAAACAACAAUUAAAAAUAUUAACCAAAUAUUAAUUAUUUAUUGAUAGGAUAAAAUGGUAAGACAAUAAUUUAUUAUACGGGGUGAUCUCACUCUAUAAGGCUGUGUCGACAAUAAAGCUUUUAUAAGCGAUUUCUAGUAUGUAAAGUAUAGAUGUAAGUAACAUAUAUAUGAUGAUAAUUAUUUACUAGUAUGUAAAAAUAAUAGCCCAGUACAUUUUGAGCGAAUGAUUGUUUAGACAACAGAUAUAGCUUUGUCAAUGAUGCAGAGGGCUCAGUGUAACGAAAAUAUGUAAAUAUAUCAACUUAUUUUUAUUUAUUAGUUAGAGAGGCUAAGCUCUGACUGUAUAAUUAAAAAUAAGUAGAAAAUAUUCAUUAUUACAGGGUAAGAGACCAGUCUUUGUCGAAAUUCUAAGCCCUCUAGCUUUUGCCGUUAGUUCUGGGAACUUAUGAUUAAAUUAUCGGAUUAAAUCGGAUAUUUUGGGGUAUAAGGCUUUCGCGUUUCGCCAAAUAAUUAGGUAACAUUCUUUCCUACUGUCUGUCUUUAUUACAUACUAUUUAAUCAUUUGGACUGUUUACGUUUCUUUAACAUUUGCUAAAACGUUAUUUUAUAUAUGUCGUCGUAGUGUAGUGAUUUGUAUCUCAUGUAUUCAUUGUAUUUAAUCUCCUAAUCCCUGACGGGUUAUUGUACAUAGAACAUCGACAACAAAAUAACUUAUUAUAGAAAUAUUUAUUUUUGUGCAUGGACAUACAGUUUACAAAAGAAACUCUUAGAAAAAAACGUUCUUGACUGACUGUUAUUUUAAAUAAUUAAGGGAAAUUAUUGUUUCCAUAAAAGAAUGAUACAGGUUAUAAAGAUUAACAAUAUGUACACAGGCAAAAUUAAUAAUUAAUUACAUAAACACAAGAUAGAGAGACAACAAUGAGCAACAUUAUUGUUAAAUAGCAAUCGCUUCCAAGCAAUUUAAGUAAUUUUAGAUAAUUUACUAAAUUUCGUCGAAUGCGGAAACAUUACCUUCAAGUAUUAGUAGAUUAAAUGUAACAUUUUUUAUUAAUUAUAAAUUUUAAAUAUUUUAAUUAUUUGCAAGUAAACUAGUCUAGCAUAAUCACUUAAAAUCUGAUGUAAUAUAAUAAAUAGUGCUAAAGUCCUAACAUAAUUAUCUUAACGUUAGUGUAAUUUUAGUAUACCUAACUACAACAGCUAAUUGUAGGUAAGUAUUACUUGCACGGAAGCACUGAUUUGUCAAUUAUUGAUUAGACUCAUGUUUAAGGAUUUACGUUCAAGUCCUAAAGUUUCACCGCUGUACAUAUUGUAUCGCUUUGUAAUCCCUUCAUUGCUUAGAUUUUGUGUAUGUUUUGUAUUUUAGAUGUUUUUGUUAAAAAAUAAUUAUUUAUUUAUUUGAAUAUUGCUCAUAAAAUACUUCUUGUAAUAGCGUUUUUGUACACCUACCUAAUAUAGAAAAUGAUUCAAAAUAAAACCCUUAAAAGCGUAAUGUUUGGUAAGACUCGUAAUUAGCAACGCGAAUUUAAUGUUUUGUUAAUAAAAGUUAUAAUUUUUAACCUUACACCUUAGCUAUAUUAUAUGUACCACAAAUUUAAAUAAGCAGAUGUAUAAUAAUGUAUGAAUUGAUUUUAAUCAGAGAGUUUAUUAUGAGCAAUUUCUUUCCAAGAUUGUACUUUACUUAACAUAUAUUUUGGAUAUUACUUUAAAAUACAUUACAAAUUCUGCAAUACAACUCAAAUUUUAUAAUUGUAGCACAAAUAGUUCGUAUCUUCGGUUUCAAUCAGGCCUAUAAAAUUUUAUAGAAUGUAAAUAUUAACUUUAUGUACAUUAUAUUAAGGUAGAGUUUAAGGCUUUGAAAUUACAGUAAUUAAAUAAUCUAGGAAUAUAAUCUGUUGUGUAAUGGUAAGUAAAUGUUUAGAAAUGUAUCUCUGCAAGUAAUAAUGUUAAAAUAGGAAGAAUAUUAAAAAAUACUGUGCAUAGUUAUUACGUACUUAGAAAAAAAUAUUUAUUCUUGUAUUAAUUUCUGUUAAGUAGAAAUGAGCUAACUUAUGAUUUAUAGGUGAAAUUUGUAAGGUAAAAUGACUGUCUAUAAAUCUAUUUUAUUUACUUAUUAGCUUUAUUUUUUGUUUAUUAUUAUUAUUUUAUGUUUUUUCCUUCGUUCUGAAGUCUAUAUUUGGCAGAAAAAAGAAAGUAAACUAACAUACCUAAUACAAAUAAAAGUCAAGGUUCUUUAUUUUUCUAAAAAACGGAUAUUUAACAAAUAAAUACAAACUCCUUUUAUUAGCCAACUGCAUUUUAAUAUAAGUCACAUCAUAUAUUAAAAAUAUGAAUAUUAUUAAUCAUAAUAUAUAUACAUAUAAUAAUAAAUAUUGGGAAAAUAUGUACCCAUAAGAAUAAAGAUUUUUAAUUUCAAUAAAAUAUUUAUUGCUUUUAAGAAUCGGUAUAAAUUGAGGCCUAUAAAAUCAAAGAUAGCUACAUCCAAGUCUGCUAAGUGUUCAGGAAAUUACAGAAACUAAUUUUUUUUUUCAAAAAUAUGGAACGAUAUUCUAUGUAUAUUUGACACUAGAUUGAAAAAAAUUAGAAUAUUAGUAAUAAUUAGAAUUUUAAUUAACAGGGCUCUAUAUUUGAGUAUAGAGUGAAAAUGAAAUCGAUUUUAUGGCGUUUAGCUGCCUUUGAUUUUAUAGGCCUUAAUUAUUUAUUAUUUUAUUGUAUUAAUGAUAUUGUAAUAUAAUGUAUAAACUGUUCCUUGAUUGGUAUUUUCUUGUCAUGAGUUAUUAAUUAAAUGAACUUACUUCACUUAUUAAUGUAAAUACAAAAGUUAUGCAUAAUAAAGGAUCAAGAUAAAUAUGUUUUACAUUUAAAUGAAAUGUAUUCUAUUACCAAAUUAAGUACCUAUACAAAAAACUAUCUACAGGUACAGGUAUGUUAAUUUAAAUAGAUACUUAACAUGCAGUCAGAAUUGUUUGCAUAAUUCAACGUAGACUUUUGAUGAUGUAACAUUUACUAAUAAAUUUCAUAUUCUUUAAUAUGACAACAGAUUUUAUUUAAUUUUAGUGGAUGUUAAAACAUUAACGAAUUAUUUAUUAAUGUUACACAGUUUAUAUCAACAUAAAAUUUUUAUUAUUAGAAUAAAACUACAUUCUACAGCAGAAUGUGUAUAAGAUGUUUUAUAUCUGUAUAAAACAUUGUUCUUUUUUCAUUAAAAGAGCUAUUUCCAUCAAAAUAUGUAGAGUAAAACUUAUCGUGAACAUAAUAUGUUUUGCAUCAUGUAGAUAGAAUGGAUGAAACAGAAACUAGGUAGCAUUCUUUUCUAAAAAAGGAAAAUUUACUCCUUUUCCAGUGGCAUAAAAGUAGAACUUUCAUGAAGAUCAUUCUGCUAUUACGCACAUUGUAAAAUUCAUAUUCCAUUAAUUGUGCAGAAUUUAGAAAUAUAAGUAAUUUCAUUCUAUGCGUAUUUAUGAGUACACUAGUAGGUGCGUAUACGUGAAUUAUUCUAUAAUAUAAAAUUGGAAAUAUAAGAGGGAAAUGUGAUGUUUUUUUUAUAUUAGUUUCAUUAAGUUUCAAUGUAUAUUAAUUACUUCAUUAUUAUAAACAACAACGAGAAUAUAUAUUGGACUGUAAAUAUGUAGAUGUGAACAUUAUUAUAUAUGUAUUUAUAUAUAUGUGAAGAAUUAUAUUCUUCAAGCAACAAACUUGUUGAUGUGUAAGAUAAAUAAAAAUAUAAUUAUAGUUUAUAAACUAUUCAUUUCUUAGUGGUUUUUAAGGGGUUUCUUUUAAAGUUAUAUUUAUUGAAUUGUGUUAUACAAUCAUAAUUUUAAGUAUGAAUUUAUCUUUUUACAUGUUACUGUUAUAUUUCAAUACUUGAUGUUUAAGGUCCAGUUAUAACAUUAGGUGUUAUGUAACUACCUAUGUUCUUUAUUUAUUAUUAUUUAUACAAACAAAAAACUGAGUAUAUGUACCUAAAAAUAUUAAUUCUAGAGUUAUGCUAAUUUAAGAGUUCUCUUUUGAAGGAAUAUCAUGUAUAUACGACUUAAAUUAUUUCUUAUUGUUAGUGUUAAAAUUCUGAAUGUCCGAUUAUCUUUAAAAAAAUAUUAUAGAAUUGUCUUUGAAAUGAUGACAUUACCUUCCCUAAUAUAUGUUUGAAAAUUUA